AUUAGGCUCUAUGAAUCAAACAGUUACACAGUUUCUAUGAAAUUAUACAUAUUGUUAUACCAUUUCAUUCAUACCUUAGUUUCUCACAGUAGAAUCGUUAUAGAAUGAAGCUAUAACGAUUGGUGAUUUAUAAUGUUUGUAUACGUGUAUUGUUGUAUAGUACAGCUCUUAAUUACGUAGUGGUAUUUAAAAUUCUGUGAUUAUACCAUUAGCAUGAUGACGCAUCGUUUGCUUGUUGCUACAUUAACGAAACAAUGAACGCUAUCAGCGCGGUGACCGAUGACGACAAACCUCAAGAUUAUGCGAAGGGAAACGAUGCCAACGAUCGACAUCAGUCGGGUGGGGUCAGCCGUCAGUCGAGAGUGGAGCGGGCGGCGCGGUGGCGGACCGCUUGCGGCGCUUGCGCAACACACUACAUGCGUACGCGCCCGACACGAGUCGCGCGUCUACGUCUUUGUUUACUUUGUGUUCGGGCUUCACGUAGAGAUAUCGUGUCUCCGUCGAUUGCGAGAUGUCGGAGAUGCGUCUGCGCUGUUCCAGCAGUGGCUUGCAGCUGGACUUGAGUUGUGAGUUGUGAACGAUCGACGAGUGCCUAGUCAUCUAGUGUGUUUUUUCAUACUCGCGACACAGCGACAUGGAGUGGCUCAAGGGGAUGGCGGGGCGAGUGAAGCGGCCCGCGGCCGAGUGCGAGGAGAACGCAGCUGCGGCGGAGAGCGCGCCCGAGCCCGCGGCGCCGCUGUUGGAGACGCCGCAGGAGCGCCGCGAGCGCUGGCGCAGCGUCUACGUCAUAUACUUCACCAUGUUCCAGAUGUCGCUCGGCUUCAGCAUCGUGCUGACGGGUGUGUGGCCCUACCUCGACAAACUGGAGCCGGGCGCGCAGAAGGAGGUGCUGGGCCUGGCGGUGGGCGCCAACCCGCUGGGGCAGCUGGUGUUCUCGCCGCUGCUGGGGCUGUGGGCCAACCGCGCGGGCUCGGCGCGCGCGCCGCUGCUGGCCACGCUGGCGGUGUUCGUGCUGGCCAGCGUGCUCUACGCCGAGCUGCACCUCACGCGCCCCUACGCCAAGUACUGGAUGGUGUUCGCGAGGUUCCUCGUCGGAGUCAGCUCCGCUAACAUAGCCGUGGCACGGUCGUACCUGUCGGCGGCGACGCUGGUGAGCGAGCGCACGCGCGCCGUGGCGGUGGUGUCGCUGGCGCAGGUGCUGGGCUUCGUGGUGGGCCCCGCACUGCAGGCGGUGGCGGCGCCGCUGGGCGCGGGCGCGGCCUACCCGCCGCCCGGCCAGCCGGACUCGCCGCUGCGUCUCGACAUGUACACCGCCGCCGGCUGGAUCAACGCGCUGCUCGGCUUCAUCAACUUCCUGCUGUUCAUGCCCUGCUGCUUCAAAGAGAGAAAGAUUGCCGCCAGGGAAGCUAUGAUUGCACAGGGCACGGAUAACGAGAAAGACGCAUUAAAAGCCAUGAAGCCGGACCUGGUGAGCAGCUGGACCCUGGUGGCAGCCUUCUUCGUGCUGGUGUUCAACUUCGUGCUGCUGGAGACGCUGGCCACCAUGCUCACCAUGGACCAGUUCGCGUGGAGCAAGCGUCAAGCUCUAGAGUACAUGGGCGCGCUGAUGAGCGCCGGCGCCGUCGUAGCGUGCGUGACGUUCGCGCUCAUCGGGCCGCUAACCCGGCUGUUCGAGGAGCGCGCGCUGCUGCUGUGGGGCGGCUUCCUGCUGACGGGGCUGGCGUCGCUGCUGUGCAUCCCGUGGGGCCCCGGGCCGCCGCCGCUGGCACCGCCGGGCGCGGCCGAGGCGGGCGGCGGCUGCCCGCAAGCCACUCAGCCGUGGUGCGCCGACUCGCGCGGCCUCACGCUGCCGCAGUUCCUGGCCGGUUACGCGUGCGUGUCCGUGGGCUACUCGCUGGGCGUGACGCUCAUCCAGACCAUCUUCUCGAAGGUGCUGGGUCCGCGGCCGCAGGGCGUGUGGCAGGGCGUGCUGACGGGCGCGGGCUGCCUGGCGCGCGCGCUGGGCCCGCUGUUCGUGGCGGCGGUGUACGCGCGGCGCGGGCCGGCCGCCACGUUCGGCAGCACGGCGGCGCUGACGCUGGCGGCGCUGCUGGCGCUGCGCCUGGUGUACGCGCGCCUGCGCCCGCCGCCGCUGCCCGCGCCCGCCGCGCCGCACGAGCUGCGCCCGCUCAAGCAGGACUCGUGACGCAGCGCAAGCCCCAGUGCUGUGUCGUCGCUGCCGCACUGGACGUUAUGCGAAACAUCAUUCGGUAUAAUUUGUAGGUUAGGCAAGCCAAGGCUAAUUUAUUUUAUGUGUAUCCUGCGAAACGAGUUUUAGGGUUCUCGGUGAUUAGAUAAUACGUACCAUAAUUACUGAUACUACAGUGAAACCUGGUUAAUGGUCUCAAGAUACCAAGGAAUUUGUACCAUUUAAAAAGCUUUCAAAAGUUGGUAGGUUUACAAUUUUGGUUACUCAUUUAUGGAAGCUUAUCGAAGUCAAAGAUAAACAAAAUGUUUUCAAACGAUCGUGUCGGCACCUCAAUAACUAUAUCUCACUUGCACAGGGAAUUGAGCUACAGAUUCCCGAUUGUAGAGGUAAACGUCGAAGAAAUCCUAGAAAUCAAAUCUCAUUUUGUCCUAUUCUCAUAUAUCCAGGUCCCACUGUAUUAUACUUCGAUACAUAUCACCAUACGAUGUUAAACGCUGCAAAUACAGUAUUACAUAAAGUGUGUUACACAAGUGAGUAGGGCAGGCCCGCGCGUCGCCAGCGCCCUCUGUCAGCGCAGUGACUGCAAGCUGCAUCAAAUUGUCUUUGUAAUAAGUUAGGCUCGGAUUAGAUAUAUUAUAAUCAUAAGACUGAGUUUAGGAAACCUCUAAACUGAUGUAUAUAGUUAAGUAACGUAGGGAUGCAUACAGGGUUUUAUAUCUUUAUGGUAAAUAUUUGGUUUGUUUAACAGAUAGGCAGUUAGGAGACAUGCUAGAUAAUAGAGUUCACAACAUUGUUGCAUAAUUGUUCAGCUCACUUGUUGGUUUAUGUUUGUAAACAAAUGAGGUUGUCUGCGCAUAGAAGUGUUCCAAAUACUUAGUCAAUAAUAUGUAGUUUUGGUAUGUGUAAUAAUUAAUUAUUGGGUUUUUGUAUAUUUUUGGUACAUAUCUUAUGUAAAUAUUUUAAUACAUUUUACAAACACUUAUUGUUUCAUUUCGAUACUAUUUUCUAAAAGCCGAUCAAUAGUGAAUGGAACAGCCAGGACAGCCGACACUCAGGAUUCCUCGCGAAUAGGCUAAACGAAUGAAAUCAAAAGGGUGAUGUUAUUUAAAAAAAUAUAUAAAAAAAAUCCUGAAAAUAUCUACUGUCGAGCUAUC